AUGCAUUUUAUCAAAAAAACGGAGAAAAAGUUUAAAUCAUUAUUAAAAAUUCGUCGUAGUAAUCAUCAGGAAUUACUCGAAAAUCUACGUGUAGAAGAAGCAAGUCAAUUCUAUUUUGCAUGUAGGAAUGGAGAUAUCGAUACAGUCAAACAAAUAUUACCUACUGUUCCUUAUGAUCAAUUGAAUCAAUUGGAGCCUAAUGGUAGUACUGCUCUUCAUGUUGCAACAUGUUUUGGUUAUGUAGAUAUUGUUCGUUUACUUCUACAUGAAUAUGGUUGUCAACGAAAUCUACAAGAUCGUCAUGGUUUCACGGCAUAUGAAAAAGUACAAACAGAUGAAAUGCGACAACUCUAUGAUCGACCGUCAAAUGAAAAUCGAUUUAAUGACGAUUCAAUGGAUAUCAAACAAAUAUUUGAAAUACUUUCAUCAUCAAUAAAUAAAAUUAUAAUCGGCGAUCGUGAUGACGACGAUGAUGUUGCCAAACCCAAUAAACGGUAUCUUAUCGAUUAUGAAACAAAUGAAGAAGUCAAAAACCAAUUAGAUAACAUCAAUAGUGCUAAAAUAUUCUUUCAAUCGCGAAUCGGACGAUAUAUAAUGGGACAAAGAAUGAAAUUAAAACUUGGAAAAAAAGAUGACUAUGAUGAAGAAGAAUAUGCUUAUGUUACAAGUGAAAAAUUUCGACAAGAAUCUUUGCAAAAAAUCUUGGAUGAAUAUGUUACUUCAAAUCAUCUUGACUAUCAAUAUUGGGUAGGUACAAUUGAAUCUCUAUUGAAACUCUAUACAUUGGAAACACCAUUUUAUCGUAAAUUAUUGUUAUGGCCAAGUCCAUUAAAAUUUCCACUCUUAAUGCAUUUAUCAGAUUUAAAACAACGUUAUUAUCCAGAAUAUUUCUAUCGUGGUGUUCAAUUGACUCAACAUGAAUAA